UUUUCUAUCUUGACGUUUGUUUACAUUUUUUGUUGUUACAAACUGACUGACGGUAUUGACUAUCCACAAUUAAUACAUACAUAUUAAUAUUUAUUACAAGUAUAGACAAUACUGCAGUUUUCACUAAAAAGGACUGCAACAAGGUAACGCAUUAAAUAUGUCAAAGGACGUGGUGCUCAACUACCAAGACUGCAUCCUUCGUCAAUCCGAUGUUGAUCUGCUCAAGGGACCUUGUUGGCUCAACGACGCGAUAAUUGGGUUUUACUUCGAGUACCUUGGAAAACAGCACGAGAAUGUGAGCCUCAAGUUCUUGUUUGUCUGUCCGGAGCUUGCUCAGCUGUUGAAGCUCACAGAUCCUCACGAGUACCCGAUUUUCUUGGAUCCCAUUGAGGCCAAGGACAAGCCAUUUGUGUUCUUUCCCAUCAACGAUUGCAACAGCAGAAGCUCGUCGGGUGGCUCCCAUUGGAGUCUCAUGGUUUUUUCAAAAAAGGAGAGAGCAUGCUUUUAUUUUGACUCGUCCAACAGCAUGAAUUCAGCUGUGGCGAGGGACUUUUCGAGGAAAGUUAUGGAUUACUUGUUGGACGGUGGCAAGGGACAAUUCAUCGAGGUUGACUGUCCACAGCAGGACAACGGAUAUGAUUGUGGUUUGUUUGUACUUUGUUUUGCGGAUGUUAUUGCUGAGCACGUUUUGAGAACUGGCAAAGUGGAUAGUUGUAAUUAUGACAGGGUGAAAAGUUUUGUGCACACAAAAAGAAGGGCUCUACUUGCGUUGAUCGAAAAGCUCAAGGGCAACCAUGAAAAUUAGUCAAAUGGCGUACAUAGUAUUUAUUUAUAUGUAGCAACUGAGUUUUAUUCAGUCUCUCAUCUAUUUUUGCACAAUCGACAAAUGAAAUUUAAAUUACAUUAUCUCUAGCUGUGAUAACACUAUUUAGAUCAGAUCGCUGACAAUGGUAGAACAUGUCGUUGAAGAAAGUUUUAUCCUACUA